AAAAUUACACCCUGUAAGUAGAAAAAGCGUCUGGGCCAAGGUUUUCUGUUUAUAAAUAUUUCCACAUCAAGAGCAGGCAUUGCCACACUUUCUCCUCCUUUUCCUGAUCAUCUCUCUUUUCUCUCUCCUCUAGACACCUGCACCAUGGAUCCCUACAAGUUCCGUCCCUCAAGUGCUUUCAAUACUCCCUUCUGGACCACGAACGCUGGUGCUCCGGUUUAUAACAACGACUCCGCCUUGACCGUUGGAUCCCGAGGUCCAAUUCUUCUCGAGGACUAUCAUCUGGUGGAGAAACUUGCCAACUUUGAGAGGGAGCGGAUCCCCGAACGUGUUGUCCAUGCCAGGGGAGCCAGUGCCAAGGGGUUCUUCGAGGUCACCCAUGAUAUUACUCACCUUACAUGUGCUGAUUUCCUGAGAGCCCCCGGAGUUCAGACUCCUGUGAUUGUCCGUUUCUCCACUGUUAUCCAUGAGCGCGGCAGCCCUGAAACCAUUAGGGACCCUCGAGGUUUUGCUGUCAAAUUUUACACAAGAGAGGGUAAUUAUGAUCUUGUGGGAAACAAUUUCCCCAUCUUCUUCGUCCGUGAUGCAAUGAAAUUUCCAGACGUGAUCCAUGCCUUCAAGCCCAACCCUAAGACGAACAUACAGGAGUAUUGGAGGGUUCUCGACUUCCUCUCCUACCAUCCAGAAAGUUUGAACACGUUCAUGCUCCUGUUCGAUGAUAUUGGUAUUCCACAGGAUUACAGGCACAUCGAAGGUGCAGGUGUUCAGGCCUAUACUCUGAUCAACAAGGCUGGGAAAGUGCAUUACGUUAAAUUUCAUUGGAAACCCACUCUUGGGGUCAAGUGUUUGUUGGAGGAAGAGGCUAUUAGGGUUGGAGGAACUAAUCACAGCCAUGCCACCAAGGAUCUCUACGACGCGAUUGCAGCUGGAAACUAUCCUGAGUGGAAAUUCUACAUCCAAACAAUGGAUCCCGAAGAUGAGGACAAAUUCGACUUCGACCCACUUGAUACAACCAAAAUCUGGCCCGAGGACAUCAUACCCCUGCAGCCAGUCGGCCGCUUGGUCUUGAACAAGAACAUCGACAAUUUCUUUGCAGAGAAUGAGCAACUUGCAUUUAACCCUGCCCAUGUGGUUCCUGGUAUCUACUACUCGAAUGAUAAGAUGCUCCAGGGUCGGAUUUUUGCCUACUCCGACACUCACAGGCACCGUCUCGGACCAAACUAUCUGCAACUCCCAGUUAAUGCUCCCAAGUGUGCUCAUCACAACAAUCACCAUGAGGGUUUCAUGAAUAACAUUCACAGGGAUGAGGAGGUCAAUUACUACCCCUCGAGGUUUGAUCCUGUUCGUGCUGCUGAGAGAUUCCCCAUUCCUCGUGAUAUACUCUCUGGAAUACGUGACCGGCGCGUCAUCGAGAAGGAGAACAACUUUAAACAACCAGGAGAUAGAUACAGGUCCUGGGCACCAGACAGGCAAGAUAGGUGUGUCCGCCGAUGGGUUGAGGUUUUGUCUGACCCACGUGUCACCCAUGAGAUCCGCAGCAUCUGGGUCUCAUAUCUCUCUCAGGCUGACAGGUCUCUGGGUCAGAAGGUGUCAUCUCGUAUUAAUGUGAGGCCAUUAAUGUGAAGAGUGAUGCAAGCUGCUGCAUCUAUCCUUUUAGCUAAAGAGGACUCGUCAAAAUAAGAAAGACUAAAAUGGGAGAGGAAGACCAAAUCAGUGUUGAUCCUAUAUUUUCUGUUUAAUAUCGUACAUAUGCUAAAACCUUUGGUAUAUUGUCGUGUAAUGUUUAUGUUUCAAUCCAAUAAAUGCCACGGUUGUAUGUGCAAGUUCUGUUUCUGUCCUGUCAUUUCCUUGUAAACCGUAUGGUUGGACUCAGUAAUUCCUUUUAUGCUUAAUAUGUAAAGCGAAUUCUACCA